UUAAAAAAAAAAAAAAAAAAAAAAAAAGAAAAAGAAAAAGAAAAAGAAAAAGAAAAGAAAAGAAAAGAAAAAACUACAACACCCCCUUCGUACUCCCCACCUCCCCACCACCCCCAACCUCUCCCUCCACUCUUCUCCGGCAAGCCUCUCUCGUCGCCACCGCAACAGCCUUAAAAGCACUCUCCGCCCGAUGAUGAUCAUUAUCCCCGUAAACGCAACCAACAUGCAACGUGACACCCGCCGCCUGCGCAAAGCUCUCGAGCGCAUGAGGAAUCAUCUCCGUGCUCAACGCGCCAAUCUUCUCGCGCUUCAGGCCGAGGUUUAUCACACUAUAGGGCCGCGAGGAGAUGUCAAUUACCGCCCACGAGAGGGCUUCGUCGAGGGGAGCGUCGCCGCGGGCGAAGCGGACGAGGGAGAGGCGGGGGCCUAGCGCUUGUUUGAAGGCGGUGCCGAGGGCAAGGAAGGUGUCUUCUGCUGUGUGGUGGUCGUCGACUGCACGAAUGAAUCAGCAUUUUUGCCCUCUUCUAUGUACGUGAGAGGGUAAGAGGAUAUUUGCACCCAUGCAUGAGGAAACGGACGGACGGCGGGAGAGAUACGCCAUCAAACAUGUAAAAACAGUAUCGGGGAAACAUGUCAAAGAGAGAAAAAAGAGGCGGGAGAACUAACUGAACAAGUCCCCCUUACACCGCACCGCCAAACUCCACCCAGCAUGUUUUGCCAGCGCAUGUAGUAGGUGGUCAAGGAACCCGAUGCCGGUAUUUAUAGUGAUCUGUUGCGUAGGGGUGAAUUGGGUGGAAUGCCGUGCUUCGGGAACGGGUACUAUGCGGGUCGCUUCCUCCGGGCUUGCCUGUGGAAAGUGCUCACAUGUCUCAUAGGCCGGAAGCACACCGCCGUCAAGGGAGAGCGAAACUUGGACCUUUGUCUCGCCGGUUAGGCGGGUGACGGUUGUUGUCCGGCGGGGGAGGGACAUGGUGGGUGGAGUGAGGUGUGAGGGGCGAGGAGGGAAAAAUGGUAGUAUUUUUCGUGUGCGAUUUGUACGUAUGCUAAAGUGGCCCGUGGGUAUCUAAUCUAGGCAUUCAAUUGGGAUCUUAUUAUGCGAUAGAGGCACGAAUAUGGUGGUGGAUGAUGUUGUCGAUGAACUUGUUCCGCCGGGAGGAGAGUGACGAGACUUGGCGGGACUUUUUUUUUAGACGCCGGACAAAUGUAUUUCCGGGUCCCUUUUGGAAGUUUGCGGCGAGGACGGACGGAAACGACGAAACGAGACGAGAAGACAGCGAGGAACAAUCAAUCUCGAGGCAUCUAUUUGUCAAUCUCUCUCUCUGUCCAUCUAUUUGUCUACCUGCAUACCCUUCUCGUUCCAAUGUGUGUUGAUUAUAGGUUAAUCGCUCCCUGUUGUCAAAGAACGCCGGGGCUACCUCUAAUCUAGCUCCCCGCUCGGCAUCUGCUGACCGUCGUCCGUCGCUGUCCGCCAGACAGGAACUCAUCCAUAUAUGCAAUCGAAACCCAACAUAUCUCAAUUCUCGCCUACAGCACUUACAGACUCAUACAUAUAAAUUAUCACAAUGCCCGCCCCUUCCAACCAGCGCGGAAACAUUGACCCGCCCCCCGAAGUCAUGCAAGAAGCACUGAAGGGUUUCUUCACUGGCGCGACUCGUUACGGGUCGAUCUCCCUCCUAGCCCACCUAAUCCUCCUCCUCCCACACCCACUCCGUUUCGCGUCCUCCCCAUCCCCAUCUAACGCCUCUUCGACCCCAACUACUUCCAGCUCGCACAGCCAGCCCGAGCCCAAACCCAGACCACCCCCGCGCACCCCGCUCCUCUACCGCCCCCUAACCGCCCUCUCCGCCAACCUCGCCCCAAUGUCACGCGUCUACCGCGGCCUGACACCUCAAUUCAAGGUGUUUAUACAGCUAAGUGCGAUGACGCUAGGCGGCUGUAUCUGGGCGGAGAAGAGGGUGAAUGAGUAUUUGGAUCUUAUGAGGAAGGUGAAGAGGGCGGAGAGGGUCGAGGCGGAGGCGGAGGUGGAGGGGUGGAGGUAAAAGGGAUGGGGAACGGAGUAGGGGUCUUUAUGGCUUUCCUUUCUCUUUUCCUUUUCCUUUUCCUUUUCUUUUUCCCUUUUUCCUUUUUUCCCUGCGGGGUGGAUUUUGCCUGUACUGUAUAAAUAUUUAGUUUCCAUUGCAAAUCAAACCUUUCCUCUCUGAAGUUAAUCAUGAAACGCCAGAUCUCGCAAAGUAACGGCUGGAAUGGGCCGCGUCCGAGGUUCCACCGCAAAUUUCUAGAAAGAUGUCAAAAUGCUUCGGAUUCGGCAUUGUUCUCUUCUAUUGACCAGAUAGGCACGUUGGCGCCGGACAACCUCUGCAUUUGCAUCCGUCUUCUCUAGAAUCGCGAGCAACA